AUGGACUACCAAAAUCGUGUUGGCUCGAAGUUCGGAGGCGGUGGAGUUGCGCGGGCGGACGAGACGGCCAUCGACCGGAGGGAGCGGUUGCGGAAACUCGCCCUUGAGACGAUCGACCUGGCAAAGGACCCCUACAUCCUGCGCAACCACCUCGGCGGAAUCGAAUGUCGACUGUGCUUGACCCUCCACACCAACGAAGGCUCGUACCUUGCGCACACCCAGGGCAAGAAGCAUCAGACGAACCUCGCACGACGAGCGGCGCGCGACGCACAUGACCCGAACUAUGCGGCGCAACUGGCGGCUCAGGCGGCGCAGAAGCCGAAGGUUCAGACGAAGACGUUCAUCAAGAUCGGCAGCCCCGGUUACCAGGUCACGAAAGUGCGGGAUCCGGUUACUGGGCAGCUGGGUCUGCUGUUCCAGGUCCACUACCCCGAGAUCAAGGAGGGCAUCAAGCCUCGGCAUCGUUUCAUGUCGGCGUUCGAGCAGAAGCAGGAGGUGCCCGCUCGGAACUGGCAGUACUUGCUGAUCGCAGCCGAACCGUACCAGACGAUCUCGUUCAAGAUCCAGGCGCGGGAAAUCGAUAGUACCGAGGGAAUGAGCUGGGAGCACUGGGACCAGGACACCAAGACCUUCUCCCUGCAGUUCCUGUUUGCGCAGAAGUAG